AUGAGGUGCAAAACGCGAUUAGAAAUGCGAGUCUACACGGUAGUCUUUUUAAUAGUGUGCUGCUUCCUGUGUUUUCCAUGUGCAAGCGAGGAGCUAAAAGCGAACAAUGCCUCAACUUCACUAGACAAGAAAAUGGUAGCUCAAAUAGCCGCAGGCGAGCAGCGACUAGGGGAUCAAAUUCGCGCUAUCCUCAAACAUUAUCAGCAAGACGAUCCGGUCGGGUUACCGGGCGCGCCGAUACCGGAUCCGAUGCCAGUGCCGGAUAUGAAGCAUUCCUUCUCCAUAAAUACGAUAAAUCUAAAAAAAAUUAGCGUUUAUGGAUUGUCCAAGUUCCGUAUCGAACAUAUAGAAUCGGAAUUGGCACGUAUGCAGGUGUCUGUCGCAGUAAGGAUUGACAUUCUUGAUAUUCGCGGAUUAUACACAAUGACAUCGUGGAUUUCGAGAUCCGAAGGAGACUUUUCGGUGAAACUUACUGGCGUGAAAGUCGAAGGUAUCGCCAGGCUAGAAGUGAGCACCGAUGGCAAAUUACAAGCUCAGGAUAUCGAUAUGGAUUUGACUUUCGAUAAAAUUGACCUGGACUUUAAGAAUCUAGGAUUCCUCGGUUCAGUGUUUCAAGGAGUCAUCAAUUCCGUCGGGAGCUUCAUCUUUGACGGCAUCAAACCAUUCAUACUGAAAGAAGUUAAUACAAACAUAAGGGGCGAAGUGAAUAAACAAAUAUCACAAUUACCACAAUACUUUCCGAAUUCGAUUUCACCCUUCGAUAUGGCGAUUGCAGAAGCUCGAAAGCAGGUUUCUCAGAUGGGCUAUGAUCCAUACCAACUAAAAGAUUAUACCCAAAGCGUCGGUAUAUUCACUAUGACCUCGUCACAUACCUGGAUCACCGGUUUAGCCAGUUUCUAUCGCAUGGGAAAUAUAACCAUCACUAUGGAGAAUGGAACUAUAUAUGCGCUUCUGGAUGUCGGCACCCAAGAACUUGAGGGUAAGACGCAUUGGGAGAUGAGCGUAAUCGGUGGCUUCCUGUCGCGUGCCGGCACCGUGUCCUUCACCGUCCAAUACUUUCGGGUUCAAAUAAAGCUGGCUCAGCCAUUGGAUACGCGGAAACGCGCUACAUUAGAAGAACUGGAGCUCGAGUUGGGCAACAUCCAAGCGAGAUUCCACGGCGCCAGAACGCUCGAUUAUCUCGUGGAAGCGAGCAUUAAUAUACUACCAAACCUUUUAAGAUAUCAAAUCAUGGAUGCGAUCGAAGGACCGUUAAAGAGACGUAUACAAGAGGAAUUGGACAAGGUAAACAUGGAGAAAUUGAUUGACGAAAAAAUUCCGAUGAUUGAGGAACAGGCUAGAUGGAUGCAGGGUUUAACACCCGCAGAGGAAACAAUCUUGGAGGAACCGCUGUCACCAAACAGUCAAGACGAUCAAACGCCAUUCUCUGAGAGCGAGGAAGAACGAGGACCGUCAUAAGAAAGGCAUUCAUAGAUCAUAAUCGAAUGUUAUUCAAACGUUUAACUCAGGCCUGUCCAAUUUGAGUUCCGAAGCCAAAACGCAAAGUUAUCGACUCAAAAAAAUUCAAUGUGAGUAAGAUUUCGGGAACUGUAAAGUGUUGAUAUGCAUCUAAGUGACACUUAUCAACACUCUAUAGUUCUAAAAUCUUACUAACAUUGAGUUUUUCUAUGUCGAUGAUUUUUACUCCGACGUUUUAACUCCGAAGCUCAAAUUGGACAGGCCUGGUUUAACAUCAUUCUAGAGAGCCAAUUCGAGACAAAGUCCUUUAUAAUGUAAACACGUAUUGUACAUUAUGCGUGAUAUAUGCGCAUGUAUUUUAAUGUAUAAUAGGUGUACAUAUACAUGUGCAUUCUGAUUUUUUUAAACAUCUUGUGUCACGCGACGGAAUUCUACUUACAAUUUAUAAAUGGAAUUCUGUGAAUGUCGAAUUGUUUAAUAGCAGCUUUGCAACAUGAAAAAAGUGAAAAAUGUAUGCACGAUUUCGAUGUUUGGCACAGAUGCGUAAUUUAUGGCCGAUAGAUAAUUCAAUAAUGAUAAUUCAAUAAUUUGGCUAAAUUGAAAAAAUAUUUAUUGCGACUUAUUUUUUUUAUGCACAUAAAUUUUUGCAUGCCAUAAGUGGUAUUGUUAGGAUUUAAAUACUCA